GAAUGGUAUAUUUGUAGCGCACUGUCUACGGUCUUACUACAAGCGGUCACUAUGGCAUUGCGAUGUGAUUCUAUUUUGGUUGUCAGAAUUAUUGUUUCAUUGUCUCUAUUGGGAUAUCUAGGUGCAAACAGUUCCAAUUCGACGAAAAUAUACAAUCAGGACGUCGCAAUGGCAGGAUCCGGAAGUGCCAAGCAGCUCUUCGCUUGCAACUUCGAAGUUUUCGGACGAGUUCAAGGUGUCUUCUUCCGAAAGUACACGGAACAAACGGCCCAAAAACUCGGCCUCAAGGGCUGGUGCAUGAACACCAAAGAGGGCACUGUGAAAGGGCAAUUGGAGGGCCCCCUGCCCCAGCUAAACGAAAUGAAACACUGGCUCCAGACCAAGGGCAGCCCAAAAUCUGUAAUUGAAAAGGCGGAAUUCACACCAUCCCAGGAAAUUGAUUCUGCAAGUUUUUCAAGAUUCGAAAUUCGACGCUAAUCUACAGGACAUUGUUACAAGACUGUUAUUCGUUUAGUUUAGUGCUCCCAUAGUGUACAUAGAACCCCACAAAACAUCCUCAUAGCCAACCUAUACAAAAAUUGCACGCAAAUAAUACAAAUUGCAAAACAGAA